CACCGUCAUUCGUCUGCAGUGUGAGUGACUGAAAGACAAGAGAGGAAAAAGAGGAGGAGGCAGCGAGCCACACAGAGAGAAACUUUGCUCACACACACACACACACACACACACACACACACACACACACACACACACACACACACACACACAGACUCUCUGCUGGAAAGAAAGCUCACACACGUUUGUGAGUGUGUGUUUGACAACGGAAAGUUUCCUGAAACCUUUCCUAGAAAACUCUUUCCUCCGACUUUUAUUCAGCUGAUCGCAGAAGAGCAGACCUACAGCAGUGCAUGAUGGGAACGUCUUAAGUCCACACGGAGCCCUGAAGACCUGGACCCCUGAAGACCUGAACCCCCUCGUAUCCUGCAGCGGUGGAAGAGACAGGCAGCAUGCCGGCCAGGUCGUCCCAGGGACGGAGCUCUCCGGCUGGGGCAGGAGGGCGGCUGCUGCUGCCUCUGCUCCUGGGUCUGAUGAUGAUGACGAUGAAGGUGAUAGCGGCGGCGAGCGUCGAGGAGGCGGAGAGCGGGGAGAGUGAGGAGCUCCUGGAGGAGGACGAUGAGGCCGUCAGCGCGGAGAUGCUGGAGCCGCUGUCCUCGGAUCUGUCCAGAGUGACUCCUCUCAACUCCUGGCUGAUCUUCAGAAGAAACUCCAACAAGGGGGACAACCGGAAAACCAAAGGAUCCAGGAGAACCUCAAAGCAUGGUCUUCCCGGCCCUCCAGGCCCUCCGGGCCCCCAGGGACCUCCAGGGCCCCCCGCCCCCCUCCUGCCCCAACAACAGCAGCUGAUCCAGGAUCUGCAGCUGAAACUGAGAGAAACAAAGUCAGCGUUUGAUUGGCCCUCUCUGUCAGAGCUGGCAGCAGGAGGAGUGUGUCUGCUGUGUGAUCGGCCUCCUCGCGUCUCCACCUCCUUCCUCAGGCGCCUCCCGGCAGACGCCAUCAUCCCUCGCCGGAGCCUGCUGGAGCUGCAGCCAUUCAGACAGCCCUCCGACUCAGAGCGGAGCCUCCAGAGAGGUCAGAGCUUCAACGCCAGCACCGGCCGCUACGCCGCAGCCGUCACCGGCUUCUACCAGCUCACCACCAGCCUCCUCAUAGAAUCAGGAGACAGAGUCCAGGUGAGACUGAGAGACAGCGUGAGAGCAGCGAUCUGCAUCGAGUCGCUCUGCCAGAGCAACCUCUCUGUGGAGUCCGUGAUGGGUGUGGCAGCAGCGGGAGGAACAUUCAGCAUCCUACUGACAGGAACGCUCUAUCUACAGGCUGGAGAGUACGUGUCUGUGUUUGUGGACAACGCCACUGGGUCGACCAUCAAGGUCCUGCAGGACUCUCUGUUCUCUGGGAUCCUGCUGGGAGUCUGAACACUUCGGACCACGAGCAGCCACGUGGUUCCACAGCAACCGACAGGGCUGCACAUCAUCGUCAUCGGAUAUCCAUACGCUUCACAAAAUAGUGCCGUCGUUUUUGAUUUCCUGUCAGAGGCUAAAUAAUCUUCUACAGAGCUGAACUCUGGAGCAUCAUCUAUUGGACUUUAUAAGAACUGGGACUCACCUUCUUCUCGGGAUGACAUUUAUUUAAUUGAUCUCCGAAGGGCUGAUGAUAUUUUCAUAUUUCAUACGUUAUUGACUCAUCAUAUUUAAGCCAAAGAGUUUUCCUUUCAGGCUGUUGAAACCCUGAAACAGAAGACAUUUCUUAAAGUCAAACUAUAAAGAAUAAUCACCUGAACCUGCUCAUCACAGCAGCUGUAAUGACUUUAAUAUUAAUAUUUAUUCUCUGGAUGUGAUAAAUAAGUUGUGAAUGAUUCUGAUAAUAAAACAUUGUCUUGUUUA